AUGGCUGAGGAUAACAUGGAGUACAAUAAGACAGUGGAAGAACUCAGGAAGCAUGAAUAUCCUAUGCUCAAAGAUGCCGUUUACCUUGAUCAUGCCGGUACAACCCUUUACUCAAAAUCCCUUAUGGAGAGAUACAUGGCGGAUAUGAUGUCAAACCUAUACGGGAAUCCACAUUCCGCCUCUACAUCCUCACAGUUAUCGACUUCGCGUAUUGAGAAUACUCGUUUGAGUGUUCUACAGUUCUUUAAUGCCGAUCCGGCAGACUUCGAUGUAGUGUUUGUGGCAAAUGCUACGGCUGGAAUUAAACUUGUUAUGGAUGCGUUUAGAAGUCAACCAGGUGGAUUUUUAUAUGGGUAUCAUCAAGACUCGCACACUAGUCUUGUUGGAGUGAGAGAGGAUGCUGCCUCAUGUCGUUGUCUAGAUGAUGAUGCUGUGGAGCGUUGGCUAUCUGGGUCGGAAAAUCUUGUAACGAAGAAACAUGAUGCUGAGAUUGGACUUUUCGCUUAUCCAGCACAAUCGAACUUAGAUGGUAGACGAUUACCAUUAUCUUGGCCAAGAAAGGUGCGGGAUCUUAUCUCUCAGACUCAGUCAACCACAUAUACAUUACUAGAUGCUUCUGCUCUAGUUUCUACUUCUCCGCUAGACUUGAGUGAUGCUAGAAAGGCAGCAGAUUUCACGGUUCUUUAG